AUGACGAAGGAUAUAGAGCCCUCGAAUAUCGGUGGCAUCGUCAUCGCCAAGCCUUUGAGCAUCCCGUUCGAGGAACUCGUCGAGGAUUUCGCGGUCAGCGGCGUGGCCGAAGAGAAUCGACGAGAAUCUCUAUUCGAUGCUCUUGGUAGAGUCGGCAGUUUUGGGGAGCUUUGCGGUUCACGUUGCAAGGGAGAGGAGGUAGAUGGGAAAAGGGGUUCCACGGGUCUAGGAGAUCUGAAAUUCAGACCGGGCGGCGUAGACCGAAAUGAUGACGAUGACGAUGUCGAUCGUCUCUCUGAGGCUGUGGAGCCAGUACAUCUGGAGACUUGGAUUGCGAUGACACCCGGGGCCGUGAAGUUCCCGAGGGUGUGGAAGAUGGUAGAGCAGCACUUGAACGUCUUCCAAGGGCUAAAGAGGAGCCGCUUACACUUCUACGAGAGGAAGAAGUGA